UCCCAAUCCCCCGCCCACCCUCGAUCGACAUCAAACCCUAGCAGCAGAUCGGGCAGCCACCGGCCGGGAUGGAGGGGCUAGACGUCGACGACGUCUUCCACCACUACCGGCUGAGCCCUACGGAAGUGGAGGCCGUCACCUACUACCUGCCACGCCUCCUCUCCGGCGAGACGCUGCAUGCCGUCGACAAGCUCAUCCACCGCGUCGACAUCACCGGCUGCGAGCCCAAGGAUCUGGCCGCCCGAUACGCGCCCGUGCCGCAGGCCAUGAGCAGCGGCGACCGGUUCUUCUUCACCACGUGCAAGAGCAAGAACGGGAGCAAGCUCCAGAGCGUGCGCAGCGCCGGCGGCGGCACCUGGAGCAUCCAGAAAACCUCGGAGAUUAGCCACGCGGGAGUCAAGGUCGGCGAGGUCAAGAACCUGUCCUUCAAGAAGAAGGGCAAGUCGACAGGCUGGGUCAUGGAGGAAUACCGGUGCCUGCUGCCGGAGGCCACCGUCUCCGACGGGGUGAAGGUGUUCAGCAAGAUGCACUUGGCUCAGCAUGCUCCUGACGCGGCCCGCCAGGAAUCGGAGGCGUACAAGCUUCAGCAACAGCAACCAGAGGCCGUGACCCCGAGCACGCACGCGCAGAAGAGGCCAGCGACCGCUGCCGCCGUUGAUCCUCAACCGGCACGCCCCAAGAAGAGGACGUGCGUUGCCGUCCCCGUCCCGGCACCUGGAGCAUCGGCCACACCGUCGUUCUUGAUGUAUGAUGAGGCAGCCAGAGCAAUGCAUGGCCCGCUGCCUCACACCAACUUCCCUGUUCAGUAUGCACAAGCAUCAUGCGAGUCCACUACAACAUCCAGCCACUCCGACGUUGCUCAAGCUCCUGAGAUUUCCUCCCAGCUAGAUGUGAUGGAGUCCACCCAAUCAGAAGAGGCUGGCUCGAGCAUUGCAAGGAGCACAUCUGAAGAGGAUGUGUUUGAGCCAUUGGGGCCUAUUUCCGAUUUGCCGGAUUGGGAGGAAGAUGGUUUUGAUCUUGAAGAACUAAUGAGAAUGAUGGAAGACGACCCAAUUGAAGUUGAGCCGGUCACUGGAGCCAACACUGGCGUGGAGAUGGGCCAACAGGAACCUCUGUACCUGGAUGCCUUGGACCAAGGCGUGCUGGAGGGCAUGCUGCAGUCUGAUGACCCUUACCCAAUGUGGAGAUCAGAGGAUCAGGCCAUGCACAACCCUGCCUUCCAUGAUGACAAGGAGAAGAGGUACAAUGCCGCGUCGGAUCUUGACGCUCCAUCGCUUCAGGGACAGGACCACUUGUUCAAACCGCGGCCGUGCUCCUUCGAUCCAUUUGAAGCAGCAUGGAAGGCCGAAGAGGCGCUCGAGAAGGAGAAGAGGUGCAAUGCCGCGGCCAAUCUUCACGCUGGAGGGCACAGCAACUUCUUCUCGCCUGCAAGUGUCUACUAAGUCCGAUGUUGAAAUUGUUUUCAAAGUGUAUGAGAGGAUACUCACUGGCUGAUGUAUUAGUUCGUCCAUGUACGAUCGCCACGGAUGCACCUCUGAGCAAUUUGCUCCACUUG